AUGGCUUCCACCUACAGCCUCCAAGGAAGCUGGACUCCUCUAGCUGCACUGACUUUACUAUGGACUUCUUUGGCUUGGGUUGAAGGAAAGCCAGGGUGUCCUUCCUGCAGGAUGCCUCCACUGGAACCCAGUGCCGAGAAAGCCUUCCUGAUUGAAGUAGCCAAGCAGCAGAUACUCCAGAAACUGAACCUGAGUGAGAGGCCCAACAUCACCCACCCUGUGCCGCGUGUGGCGGUGGCCAAUGCCCUGCGGCGGCUACACAUGGGCAAAGGCUGGACAGAUGGGAUGGGGCACUUCUCCAGCUGGGAAAAAACAGAGUCGGAUGAGCAGGGGUACGAGAUCAUUAGUUUUGCAGAGACAGAGCCUUCAGGCCUCCUUCAAUUCCAGCUCACCCAUACAAGAGGCCAAGCCACGCACGUCCUGAAGGCCCAGUUGUGGCUGCACCUUAGGGCACACCAAAACAUCACAAUACAGAUUUACGUCGCAGGACAGCCACGAGUAGUGCUGGGACAGCAGCAGCUGGGAAGUCAGGGGAGGAGCGGCUGGCACUCUUUUUCCCUGAUGCCAGCUUUGCAGAACUUCUUCGAGCACGAAGACAAAACUUUACGCUUGGAGUUGCAGUGCGAAGGCUGCCAUUCCAACAUUGUGUCUUUGAUGACAACCAGUAGCAACUCUCAUCAGCCGUUCCUGGUGGUGAAGGCAAAGAUAAAAGAAACUGGCCACUGGGUCACCAAGCGCAGCCUGAGCUGUGACCAGAACUCAGAACUGUGCUGUCGAAAAGACUACUAUGUAAAUUUUCGGGACAUUGGUUGGAAUGACUGGAUCUUCAAGCCAGAGGGCUAUCAGAUAAAUUAUUGCAUGGGCGAAUGCCCCAUGCACCUGGCAGGUGUGCCUGGGGUGGCAGCUUCCUUCCACACUACAGUCUUCAAUUUGGUGAAAGCCAACAACAUCCCCAUUGCGGGCCAUUCCUGCUGUGUCCCCACACAGCGACGGGCCCUUUCUCUGCUGUACUUUGACCCCAAUAGCAACCUCAUCAAGACAGACAUUCCUGACAUGGUCGUCGAUGCUUGUGGCUGCAGCUAA